UCUCUCUCUCUCUCUCCCUCUUUUAACUCUUUUUACACGCGGAGUUGCAUUAGAUGAAGCCAACCUUCCUCUGUUCCUUUUGAAUGCUAGCUCCUCAGAGCACGAGAAGCUCGCUUCCUCUCCGAAACCUCCCUCAGAUCCGAUCUGCUGAGCUCAAACUCCGGCGAGAUUUUCCAGUUCCAGCUUGGAGCUUCCGCUGCCAUUCGGCGAUCAUCCGCUCGAGCGGUCACACCAAAGACGAUCCCGUUUCGAGUUAGAGAAUUGCAUUCCGGGCAAAGAGAGAGAGAGACAGAGAGAUGCGGCAAGAGAGCAACGGCAACGUGACUUUCAUCUCGCCUGGGAAGAGCUUGAGAGGAUUGAAGGCUCUGGUCUCUAAUGGCGAUCAUCAAGCAUCAGCCGCAGAGGAGAUAAUCAACGACGACGAGCUUGCUCAGAGGAAAGCCGAAGAAGCAGCUUCACGGAGGUAUCAAGCAGCAGAAUGGCUGCGUCAGAUGGAUCAUGGUGCAUCGGAGACACUGCCCAAAGAACCCUCUGAAGAGGAGUUCUGUCUCGCCCUCCGCAAUGGACUCAUACUCUGCAAUGUCCUCAACAAAGUCAAUCCCGGGGCCGUCCACAAGGUGGUGGAAAGCCCUAUUUUAGCUGUACAGGCUACAGAAGGAGCGGCACAGUCUGCAAUACAAUAUUUCGAGAAUAUGAGGAAUUUCUUGAUGGCUGUCAAAGACAUGAAGCUUUUAACUUUUGAAGCAUCUGAUUUGGAAAAGGGAGGCUCAUCAAGCAAAGUUGUGGACUGCAUUCUCUGUUUGAAAGGAUACUAUGAGUGGAAACAGGCUGGUGGAAUUGGGGUCUGGAGAUAUGGCGGCACAGUGAGGAUCACUUGCUUCCCAAAGAGUUCUCCAUCAUCCUUGAUUGGCAGUGAAAGUGCAGAUGAGUCGAUAGAUGAGUCUGAAUCAUCACAAUAUGAGCAACUAUUGGAGUUCCUCCAUCUGUCUAAUGUGGUCUCCAUGGAAGAAUCCAGAGUUGCCAAUGUGUUGACUUUUCUUUUUGACAAUUUUGGAAUUGGACUUCUCCAGGCUUACUUGAAAGAGCUCGAUGGGAUGGAUGACUUACCUUUGAAUGCAAUGGUAGUUGAUGCUUUGCUCAGUAAGGUAGUUAAGGAUUUUUCGGAUCUUCUGGUCUCUCAAGGCACUCAGCUUGCUCUACUUCUGAAAAAAAUACUGAGAGGUGAACUUGGUUCCCAAUCAAAAUCUCAGUUUAUGGAAUGCAUUACACAAUAUCUUCGACAAAGAACAAAGUUGGCAGCAAGUGAUAUUUCAAAGUUCUGUAAAUGUGGUGGAGAAGGCAAGAUCACUCAACCCAGUAAGAAUCACUUUGAGGGUCAUGUGGAUCAGAUCCAUCUGCAACAGAAACAGCUUGAGGAGCUGAAAUUCUUUUUCCAAGAGACAAAGCUGGAAGUGAAACAAAUCCACUCAGAUUGGGAGGAAGAUCUUAUACGGCUUAAUAACCAUGUUAAGAACCUUGAGAUAGCCUCUUCUUCAUACCAUAAGGUUCUGGAGGAAAACCGCCUGCUUUACAAUCAAGUCCAAGAUCUUAAAGGAACCAUAAGAGUUUAUUGCCGUGUAAGACCUUUCUUACCAGGCCAAUCAAACAGACAGUCUACAGUAGAGUACAUCGGCGAAACUGGAAAUAUAAUGAUUGUGAACCCAUUCAAGCAAGGAAAAGAUUCCAGAAGAGUUUUCACUUUUAACAAAGUGUUUGAUACUGAUGUUACACAAGAGCAAAUAUACGUCGAUACUCAACCACUGAUCAGAUCAAUCCUAGAUGGUUUCAAUGUCUGCAUCUUUGCAUAUGGGCAGACAGGCUCUGGGAAAACAUAUACAAUGAGUGGCCCUGAUUUGACUUCAGAGGAUACAUGGGGUGUAAAUUAUCGAGCAUUAAGGGACUUGUUCCAAUUAUCUAAGGCAAGGCUUGAUGUCAUAAAGUAUGAUGUAGCAGUUCAGAUGAUUGAGAUCUACAAUGAGCAAGUGAGGGAUCUACUAGUGAGUGAUGGCUCGACUAGAAGAUUAGAUAUAAGAAACAGCCCACAACUGAAUGGUCUCAAUGUGCCGGAUGCAAGUUUGGUUCCCGUCACAUGUACCCAGGACGUCCUUGAUUUAAUGAGGGUAGGCCAGAAGAAUCGAGCUGUUGGUGCUACUGCUUUAAAUGAGAGAAGUAGCCGCUCUCACAGUGUAUUGACUGUCCAUGUCCAGGGAAAAGAGUUAGUUUCUGGAUCCAUUCUUAGAGGUUGCCUUCAUCUGGUGGAUUUAGCUGGAAGUGAGAGAGUCGACAAGUCGGAGGCAGUUGGGGAGAGACUGAAGGAAGCCCAGCACAUAAAUAGAUCGCUAUCUGCGCUUGGAGAUGUCAUCUCUGCUCUAGCACAGAAAAGCACGCACAUUCCUUACAGAAAUAGCAAGCUUACACAAGUACUGCAAGAUUCUCUAGGUGGGCAAGCGAAGACAUUAAUGUUCGUUCAUAUAAAUCCUGAGCUCAAUUCUCUAGGCGAGACAAUUAGCACUCUCAAAUUUGCUGAAAGGGUUGCCUCCAUAGAACUUGGUGCUGCUCGAUCUAAUAAAGAAACUGGUGAAAUAAGAGAACUGAAAGAAGAGAUGUCAAAUCUCAAACUGGUAUUAGAAAGAAAAGAAGCGGAACUCCAACAAUUCAAAGCAGGAAGCUCUAGGGCCACCAUAGAGCCUCAGAAAACAAGAGCUGUUUCCCCUUUCCGAAUGCCCAGAUGUGGUACCGGUGUGAAGCCUGAGAGUUCUCACAAGUCGAAUGAUGAUGUGAGAAUGCCUGAGGCUAGAAGUUGCUCUUCCGGUAAGCAGAGGAGGACGAGGUUGCCACCCGGUUUCAUGGAAAAGGAUAUCAUACCUAAGCCAAUAUUUACAGCUGAGGACAAAUUGGGUAACUCAGUGAAGCCGAGAUCACCAUCCCCUCCUGUAAGGAGAUCGGUAUCCACAGAUAGGGGAGCAGUUAUUAGGACAAAAAUGAAGUCUGAUAUUGUAGACAACCAACCAAUUGCAAGACUACCGUUUCCAGCAAGAGUACCUGUGAGUAGAUCUAUGGUGGCGACAUCAAUAUGCCCAUCAACAGAUAACAACUCGACAAACAACAUGAACUUACAGGAACCUACAAAGAAGGAAAAUGUCUUUGACACAUAUUGCAGCUUCCAGAGGGUGAGCACCAGGAAAGUGCAUCCAGAGCAUGAAGAAGACCAUUUUAAGCUAGCUCUGAAUGUAAGACAAGGCAGUAUUAGGAAAAGCAAGAUCGAGACAAAGGCCAAGGCCAAGCAUCAACCUCCAGCUAGAAUUGAAAAGUAUGAAGCAGCAGUGACAUUGCUUCCCAUUAUAAAUGCGGGUGAGAAGGUGGAAGAGGGCCGAAAGAGCGAUUUUUCUGAGCCAGAGAACGAGCAUUUGCUUAUGGGAUCCCUAAUGAACGGCGGUUUGAGAAUUAAAAAGCAUGAGCCAAGCUUGAAGAGCUCUCAAAAUAGCGAAGAGAGGGGACAUGUACUGGAUAUGGAGAGCUUGUUGCCAAGGAAACUGGAGAGCAAGCCUCAAAACGGAACGGUUCGCCAUCCGAAGGAAGGUGGCAGUUCAACCAUUCCUGAGUUUAGAAGGAGCAGGUCUACACCUCGCGGAAAAUUCUUUAAUUUAUCUUGAGAUUUCACAGUAUAGAGAGUGAUUCUUUUUUUAUUUUUUGACCUUUUUAUCUCUGUACAGUGACUAUAAGUAUUUGAGUUUGACUCCGUUGUGAAUUGUGAACGAGUUUGACGUUGGAGGGUGUCAUGGAAUGUUACCUAGACCUUAAACGCAGUAAUUAUAUAUGGAAAGUACUUUUUCCCUUUUUU